AUGAUGUUAGUUUUACGCCGUGGGCUGUCUACAGCUAUUUCCUAUGCUGCCAAACCUUUACUUAGUGUUGAUCUUAAUCGACCAGCCACAAAUCAAUUAAUUCCUCUUCAUAAUCGUUGGCAUCCCGAUAUUCCAAGUGUUGUAUCGGUUCGUCAAGGUGACGUUUUUCGUGUUGAAUGUGUUGAUUGGACUGGAGGACAAAUUGGCAAUAAUGAUACAGCUGAUGAUGUGAAAAAUGUUGAUUUAACACGUAUUCAUUAUUUAUCAGGUCCAAUCGAAGUUGAAGGUGCUCGCCCUGGUGAUGUUCUUGCCGUUGAUAUACUUGAUGUAGGUCCUCUUUCAUCAGCUAUGUGGGGUUUUACAGGAAUAUUUGAUAAAAAUAACGGAGGAGGAUUUCUAGCUGAUGUUUAUCCUAAUGCACAUAAAGCUAUUUGGGAUUUCAGUGGAAUUUAUGCAACAAGUCGACAUAUAAAAAACGUUCGAUUUGCUGGAUUGACUCAUCCAGGUAUUAUUGGUUGCGCUCCAUCCCAUGAACUUUUAUCUAGAUGGAAUACACGUGAACGAGAUUUAAUUAAUCGAUGUACACAUUCACAUCAUCAAUAUAAUGUUCUUGCAAAUCUACCUAAUGAAAAAGGUGCUCUAUUGGGUCGAUUAAAAUUUGAAGAAAACAAAGAGAAAUGGCAAAAAGUUGCUAACGAAGGAGCUCGAACGAUUCCACCUCGUGAACAUGGCGGUAAUACUGAUAUUAAAAAUAUAUCACGAGGUUCACGCGUUUAUUUACCUGUUUAUGUCAAUGGAGCAAAAUUAAGCUUAGGUGAUAUUCAUUUUUCACAGGGUGAUGGAGAAAUUGCAUUUUGUGGUGCUAUUGAAAUGAGUGGUUAUGUUGAUUUACAUCUAGAUAUUAUCAAAGAUGGUAUGUCACGUUUAUCAAUAAAUAGCCCAUUGAUUCAGCCUGGUCCUGUUGAACCUCGUUAUUCAAAUUAUUUAACAUUUCAAGGAAUAUCAGUUAAUGAUAAAGACAAACAACAUUUUCUUGAUGCAACAUUAGCUUAUCGUCAAGCAUGCUUUUCAGCUAUUCGAUAUUUAAAACGUUUUGGUUAUACAGAAGAACAAUUAUAUUGUUUAUUAUCAGCUGCACCUGUUGAAGGACGUAUUGGAUCGAUUGUUGAUAUUCCUAAUGCAUGUUGUACACUUUCUUUACCUAUUGAUAUUUUUUCAUUUGAUAUAAGACCAGAAACAGUUGAGCAAAAUAAUCAAAAUAUUUCUCGAGGACAAUUGGCUAAAACAACAUUUUAG